AUGUUCACAUACGUUCGCAAGUUUUUUACCAACCCGGAUCGUGACCGGGAGGAUAUCUUGGAAUGCUUGGAUCGGGAGAAUCGCUUUCUAGAUCAAAAACUAAUGGAGGAGAAGGUGGAUCAUCAGCUUAAGGCAAAUCCAUACAAAAUGGAUGCGGUUUUAGGCAACAAGAUCGGUCAGCUUACGCAGGGACUUUCGGAAAUGGACAUCAAUAAGGAGGGUUCCUGCACCGCCAGAAAGGGAGUGAUUACCAGUCUAGCCAGCGAUGGUGGAGUCAUCGACAAGGACGUUUUAUUCGAAAGCAAGGUAGCGGGGAAUAUCUUUUUGGAGCUACACGUCGGAUGUGUAGUGGAAUAUUUGACUUUUACGACGGGGGAAACUUUGCGAGUGGUCAAGGUGACGCGUAUCCUUGAACACUGCUGGGAGGAUACAAACCAAAAUCAGAUUGAACAAGCUUUGGAUAACCUAAAAAACGAAAAGCCCACCUACUUUAACACCGAAACAAGGAGCGUUUUGGGUCUGAUUAGCCAGCGUCUGGCAUCUUCCAUAGACGUGGAAACGGAAUACGGACAACUUACGGUCGAGCUAGACAAUAUCGAGAUGAACUUCAUCCCAACGACAGGAGAUCGAGUGCGUCUAGAGUGCAACAUUCAGCUGGAUGAUGGUUUUGUGGACAAGCAGGGAGAAAUACUGCAGGUGACCAAGAUGUACCCCACGCGCAUUGAAGAUGGCGAAAAGUGCAUUGUGGAGCGCGUAUACACGGAUCUAGCUGUGCUGGGUCCGGAAACCUACGUUUUAAAGGCGGACGUGCCCACCGGCACAGAUCUUCAUCUGGGCGACUUUGUGCUCGCCGAUCUCAUCGAGUGCCAGUAUUCAAAAUUUACGAGACGCGCUAUUAAGAUUACUCCGCUGGAGAAGAAUUUUGGGGCAACCAAAGUUAUUCAACAGGGAAGUUUGGCAUCUUCCAGCAGUGCACAAGCAGUGACGGUGACUGGUGUAAAUCGCUUUAUCACCACAGAACUCUGGCAGAAACAGAAUGUGUCGCUAAAGCUGACCAACAACCUGAGUCGCACUUUGCGCCUGGAGAGCAUUUCCGUCUGCAAUGACAGUGAGUCCCAAUUGAGCGUGGUGACGCCUCUUGAAUCCAUGGACAUAGGCAGCGGCUGCGAAAUAACGAUGACUUUUGAGAUCCACACGCAGUUUUUGGGUGAAGCAAUCGAAAAUUUCGAGCUGAAUUUCGAUCGAUUUAAGGUGAGGCGCGUCUUCACAGUGAUCGUGUGCAAAACCAAGGAGGAAGCCGCUGAAGCUGAGAAACGUAUGAUAGCAGCUGAAGCUCUGAUGGCUCCGGGACGUAACAUCCACCAGAGGUCCCGAUUCUACGCCAACCAAGUUUGGGGCAACAAGGUGGAUGUGAUCCCAGGACAACACAUUGUUACCAAGCGCAGAUUUGUGGCCUUGCGUUUGGGUUUCUUUGAGGUGCCCGAGAAGUUGCGUCAAAUUUAUUUGACCAUUGAACGGCGACAAGAAAUGUUCGAUGCCAUCGAGCAGCACCAUCCAUGCCUCACGGAACCUCUUAGCGUUAAUAACUAUAUGCAGCGUUUCAGCUUGCUCCUGCACCUCGAGGAGAUCGAGUGCUUCGUAAACUUCCGCAACUACGACAGGGACCGAGCACAUUUUCUGCGUGACGGAGAGUUCCUUGCGCUGCAGAUCGAGAAUCUAGCCGAGCGUCGUCCCUCGCUGGUCGUGGGCGAUACUGUGCGAGCCAUUAACCCCUGGGCGGAUCCUGAUUCCCGGAGCAACAAGUCCUACGAGGGCAUUAUCCAUAAGGUGCUCUUCAAUCGGGUACUACUCAAAUUUCACGCCAGUUUCCAGGAGAAAUAUAAUGGCGAGGAUUAUCGACUAGAGUUCUACUUCUCGCGCUACACAUAUCGCAAGCAGCACCAUGCCAUUUCCACAAUUGUAAGAGUAAUGGGCGAGAAUUUCCUGUUUCCCAGUAAGGUAACCAAGCGCGAGAAUCCCCAGCUGGAUGUCCAUAUGAAGGGUGAUGACAUGUACCUGUAUGAUUCGAAAUUACCGUGGUAUAACCAGUCGCUCAAUUCUAUCCAAAAACGAGCUGUUUUCAAUAUCCUGCGCGGUGAGGCGGAGGAUAUUCCUUAUGUAAUCUUUGGGCCCCCAGGCACUGGAAAAACAGUGACCCUGGUGGAGACAUUACUCCAGUUGGUUAGGAAUCUGCCUGGUGCCCGAAUCUUGGUGGGAACACCAUCAAACAGCUCAGCGGAUUUGGUGACAAAGAGACUCAUCGAUAGUAAAGCUCUGCUUCAGGGGGAUUUUAUUCGCCUCGUGUCACAAAAUCAAGUGGAGAGAGACUUGAUUCCGCCAGAACUGAUGAGCUACUGCGCCACAACUGAUGUCGGGGCUGUGGGCACCUGCGAGGACAAAAUGGUGGUCACCGAAUCGGGAUUGAAGCUUCGCUGCCAAGCAAAGUUUAUGGGUACUCAUCGAAUUACCAUCUCCACGUGCACAACUUUGGGGAACUUUUUACAAAUGGGUUUUCCACCGGGUCAUUUUACUCACGUACUUUUCGAUGAAGCUGGUCAAUCCACUGAACCAGAAACAAUGAUACCCACUGUAAUGCUAACGAAGAAACGGUGUCAAGUUAUUUUGUCAGGUGAUCCUCGCCAACUGCAGCCUAUUAUCACCAAUCGUUUUGCCGCGGAAAGAGGUUUUUCCAUAUCCUUCCUGGAGAGAUUGCUAGAACGCUCGCCAUAUCGAAGGGAUCUUCAGAGAUAUCCCGAAAGCUCAGGCUACAAUCCAGCUGUGCUGACCAAAUUAUUGUACAAUUACCGAGCAUUACCGUCGAUUAUGAACAUUUAUAGCAAGCUUUUCUACGAUGACGAACUGAUCCCAGUGGUUUCCGAAAAGGAUUCAAGGGAGUCCCGCUUGCUAAGUACACUGCGGUGUGUGUUUGAGCCCGAAAAAGAUAUGCCACUAGCGCACGGCACUUUCUUUUAUGGAAUCACAGGAGAAAACAGGCAGGAGAACGACUCUCCUUCUUGGUACAAUCCCCAAGAGGUCAAGGAAGUGUUCCUGAUGACCAUCGCUCUGUACCGUGCCAAUGUGACUGCAGACCAGAUCGGUAUACUCACGCCCUAUAUGAAGCAGGUGAAGAUGUUGCGGAAUAUGUUCAUUGGCACCGAUGUGGUCAUGCCGAAGAUUGGUUCCGUCGAGGAGUUUCAGGGACAGGAACGAGACAUAAUGCUCAUCUCUACGGUGCGUUCGUCAGAAUCGAUUCUGCGCAUGGAUGCCCGGUUAUCCUUGGGUUUCGUGCGUUGCAGCAAGCGAAUGAACGUGGCCAUUUCCCGAGCUCGGGCCAUGAUGAUCAUCUUUGGGAAUCCCCAUCUUUUAGCCGUUGACGAAUGCUGGCGCCAGCUCAUCCUGUUCUGUGCCAACAAUAACGCUUAUUUUGGAUGUGACCUGCCUCAAUCGGUGGUGAAUCAGGAAGAUGAGGACCCUGUUCGCUUGGAAACAUUCGUGCCUUAACUUAACUACCAAAAAUAGCACCCUGUAUGUUAACUGUGCAAAAAGUAUUAUUUGCAUGUAAGAAGCAACUACAGACUACAGGUUAACUAAUCCAAAUAUGUUGGUUUGAACUAAGAAUAUAUGACAGUUUAUUUGGUUUCAAAUGUUAGGAAACCACUUGUUAUUGACUAAAUAAAAGGCUUAAAACUAA